UGCAUUGUGGGCGAAGCAAUUAAGAACUCUUUCAUCAGUUGUUUCAUGAGCAAAUUUUAGUUCUUUUGUGUGGAUAUUGACAUAUUGUUAGUCAAAAUGACUCGAGUUUACGUCGGGAACCUUGAAGAUGGCACAUCAAAACGCGAUCUUGAACGUGAGAUGGAGUCCUACGGUCAGUUGAGAGAUGUUUGGGUCGCCAGAAAUCCUCCGGGUUUUGCGUUUGUUGUGUUUGAAGAUAAGCGAGACGCCGAGGACGCCGUGAGAAAUUUGAAUGGCCGAAGACUUUGUGGCUGUCGUGUGCGUGUUGAGAUAGCACGAGGUCCUACACGAGGUGGUCGUGCAGCUAGACUUGGCUUGACAGAGAAGUGUUAUGAAUGUGGCAGGAUAGGACAUUAUGCUAAAGAUUGUACUCGCAGGCCAGGUGCUGGCGGUAGCUCAUCUCGAUAUAGGUCUCGCUCACCAAGGAGGGGUCGGUCUAGGAGCAGGAGUCGUUCUCCAAGAAGAAGACGACAUAGAUCCAGAUCAAGAUCAAAAUCGGAGUCUAGAUCCAGAUCUCGUGAUCGUAGACGAAGAGAAUCAAGGUCACAGUCAAGGUCAGAGGAAGAGAAAAGUGGGUCUGAAGAUGAAGGAAGAGCAAGAAAAAGAAGCUCUGAGAAAAAAGAUGAUGAAGAACAUACUAGAAAAGAUGAAGAUGAUGAUGAAAAUGGAUAUGAAGAUGUCACAGAAGCAAAAGAAGAUGAUGAUGCUGAGAAAGACAAUGGUGAUGAUGAAUGAUCAAUAUUAAUCAUCACAAAUUUCCAAUACAACAGUUAUGCCUGCAUACUGUACCCUGUAUAUAUAUAUUAAAUAUCUUAUCUUCUAUAAUCAUGGAUACCAGGAGGAAAUGGGAUAUGAUAAGAAAUGACUGUGGCUUUUGAUAUUGUUUUUAUGCCUUGUAUUUUAUUCAUGUGGUUGCACAUAAUCUACAUGUACAGCCUGAGCCUGACCUACGUUUUAGCGCUACCACUUUACUAAUUAUACAUUUGGUAAAUGAGUGUAGAAUUGAAUUAUGUUUCAUGCCAAAUGAUUGAGCCAUGUUUGUGAUUGUAUGCUGAGAGUGCAUUAGGAGAGAACAGUUUACCUGAAUGUUACUGCUGUGGCUGGUUUAUUAUGCUGAAAGAACAACAUGCUUACUGAGUGUCACAGAACUCACUCUUAGCUAAGUUCAUACUGUAUUGUUUGAAAUGAAAACGUUCAGGAUUUCAUACACAGUACAAAACUGGACCAGGAUACCAAAACUGA